AUGGCGGGCGCGGCCGUGCUGCGUGUGCGGCGGAAGCGCGGCGGCUCCGAGCCGGCCGAGGCGCUGCUCCUGGCCUGCAAGCGGCGCCGGGCCGAGCCCGUGGAGAACAACCUCUUCAAGCUCGUGGCGACCGUGUCCUCCAAGAACGAACCAGUUCAGAAAUACGUUAAAGAUGCCAUCACACGGGACAAGGCAGCUCAGAGCCUGCGGCCCCCUUUGGGAAGCACCCAGCAAAUCCUUCAGGAGCUGCGCUGUGCCAGGCAGGCGGAAAGGAAGGAGAAGCGGUACCGGGUCAUUUCCAGCCACCGGCCCCACUGCGCCCACACAGCUGCACCUGCCACAGACGGACAGGCCGUGCCCCACGGGGACAGGUUGGACUCUGAAGCACUGCAGGAUGCUUCACCAGAGGAGAGCGGUGCUGUGGAUAAAAGUUCAGACUGCUGUGGGAAAUUCCAGCUGUUUGAUAUUAUACAAGAAGAGGAGGCAGUGGGAGAUUCCAGUGUAACCACUGCAAACCCACAGCAGAAGACCAAUCCAGAUGCAAUCCUCUGCAAUGCAGUAGAGAUGAUCCGUGAGCGUUUAAACAUUUCUGAAGAUGGUAAAGAACAACACGGUCACAAAGAAGAUGAGUAUGUUUAUGACAUCUACUAUAAGGAAACAUCAGGCCCUGACUGGAUUGAAAAUAUCCUUUCUGUACAGCCCUACAGAGAAGAAUAUGAAUGGGUAAAUGAUGAUCCUGGUCCAGAGGAAGUGUAUGAUGAUGAAGAUGAUGAAAAUGAUGAAAAUAACUGGCGUAAUGAUUAUCCUGAGGAAGAUGAAUUCUUGCCUGAGGAAGAUGGAGAAAAAGAUUCUGAAGAGAGCUUCAGUGAUGAGGACCAAUGUUACAGAAGAAGAACAUGGGACAAGUAUCGAGAGGAGGUUUUGAAGGAAUUUGGAUACGAUCAGAUUGAAGAUUUGGGUUCUGACUAACAGCCUGGUUUUGGAGAUGAAAUGAACACUGAGGGUGAACAUUUGCUGCUGUAGGAGAAUGUACUAUCUGAGCAGCCAGCUUCAGCUGGUGGACAUUAAACAGAUGGGUGUGUUAUAGGUAUAAGUUAAGUUAUGUUAGAUUAGGGUAUAGUUCAAUUCUAUUGUAU